UGUUCAAAGUGCAUCAGCUAUUGAUAGAGAAACUAAUUCAGCAAGUCGGCCGACUUAGUUAAGUGAAAUGGAUAUCUGGGUACAAUCUGUUGAUGGAAAGAAAAAAGAAAGAGUCAAAGGUCUUAGCUCCCUAGGUCAGAGUGUAAAGGCAACUAACAGUUCAACAUCAACUUUGCCAAAAGAAAUUAAUGAGAUGAUUAAGUCUCAAAUUGAUGCUUCAAAUGCUGCUUUGUAUGCUCAGUUGCAGAAUGAGCGAAAGAAAAAUAAGAGGAUGAGAAAGGAAUUACACUUGUUGAUGAAGCAUGUAUACAACAAAUCAUCUUCAAACGAUGAACGUCCAUCUCAAGAAGACUACCCAGCUUAUGAGGAUGAAAGUGAUGAUGACUCUGAUGACGUGAAUGUAAGUGAUAAUCCCGAUAAUGUGAAUGAAAGUGAUUCUGACCCUGAUGGUUGGAAAAUGACUACUGACAGUCAUGUGAAUGAUGCUGAGAUGAGUGUGGUAGCAACUAAUGUUGCCACAACGAGUCGUACGACUGCUCUGCAAGCAAUGGUACCAGUGGAAAAACUCAAAAAAAUCACGGGUGUUGAUUUUAAAAGGUGGAACCAGAAGAUGUUCCUCUACCUUAUAACGCUGUGUCUUCAAAGAUUUACAUCAGAAAAAGCUACAGAUUUUCCCGAAGGAACUUCAGACCAAGAAUGA